GCACCGCACCGCACCCGACCACACCUCUCCCUCACCGCGACCGAGGCAAGCAGAGCAAUGGCGGCACCCCGCAAUGCCGCGCCUCUACGCUUCUCCGCCCCACUCCGCGACGCCUCGCUGCUCCGCGCCGCCGUCCUGCUACCCGGCGCCGAUCCGCUCCACCGCGCGGCCGCAUUCCAUGCCGCCGCUCCGCCCCACGGCCCUCUUCUGCCGGAAUCCAAGGGUUUCAGGAGUCCAGAUUGCUACAGCGUCAGAGGCCCAGCAGAUACGGUCGAGGAAUUUUGCAAGGACGACCGAGCCUCAAUUCUAGUCCCCCACAGGGACAUGAAGAAUGAGAUACAUUUCUCAGGCCGUCUUGAUAAGAUGCAGGAAACUGCCCAAUGACGAAAGUGUAUCACGUCAGUGAACAUCUGCAGGGGUACUGGAUCAGUUUCUGGAAUCAUAGCAAUGAAGAGGCCCAACAUGUUGCAAAGUUUCAGAGCUUUCAGUUCCACUGGACCAGAUGCUCCCACUGGACCAGAUGCUCCCGUCGUUAAGCAGUUGAUGUUUAACGAUGAUUACGAGAUUAAAAACGAAGUACUCACUUGCUUGAAGGAGUCUUUAAUCUCUGGUAGUAUUCUGAAGCCUACUCGUCAAGGUGGACUGCUCACACCUGACCACAUGCAAAUAUUUGGUGAUUCUGUUCUCGGGGAUGUGGGCUUUGGAAUUCUCAAGCACGGAUGCUAUCUAGCCACUGUGAAUUUGAUGCGUGGAGUCAAUGUUAGUCCGUUGCUAAGGUUGGACAACCUUCUCUGGUCAGCAAAGCAUGGAGGUAUCAUGUUUGACAAGAUCUCUUUGAAGGCUGGAGAGCAAGGACAGCCCUUGAAGGCUGGAGAGCAAGGUUGCCCAUAUAUGGCUGUCGGCACAUUAUUCCUCGAAUGCUUAGAAGUGUCCACUGGUCUGAAGUCAGAGGAGAUCCGAAUACCAUGGGAUGUGAACCAUCUCCUAGGCUAUCUUGCAGAAGCCGGGAAAAUGGAUAAGAGACUUACUACCAAUCACUCUGCUAUAAGACUCCCAGGCGAACGCGUAGUGAGGAACUGCAAUGCAUAUCGCUUCCUCCGUCACCAAGUCGAAUACGAGGUUAAGAAAGGUCCAGGACAUUAUCAAGAGCACAGAAGAUAUUCUGGAAAUCAACAAUUGCAGAACCUUGCGAACAAUGUGCAUCGUGACCUUGCUUCAAAAUUGCCGCUCGAGUUAUUUCAACCUGCAGGGCUGCAUCCUUUUGUUGAUUAUUGGGCACGUGAGGGUCAAGCUAUGCGUGGACUUGGCAGCCGGAUGUCAAAAUGUCCCCUGACCAUACCAUCUGGACCAUAUGGUACUGAGCUUGAUAACGUCACCCUGGGUAUUGAAGUCGGGGAAAAUGUCUAUAGCCCUUCACAGAGAUCCAUUUGAGCACCCUUUUGGUCCAUUUAAUGACCAUGUGGGGGAAUAUCUUUGGAAAAGGCCGUACAACAUCCUACAGAUUGAGGAGCUGUUGAACUGUGUGGAUCCCAAGUAUGGCCCAUCCUUGGAAGCUUCUUUUAUGGUCCGUGGUAUUUGGGACAGGUUGGAUUUAGACCACAGCAAGCCAGUUCUUUGUUACUGGAGCGGUCCCAAGCGCUAUAACCCACCAUCUUUCCUAGAAGAUUACUGGUCCUAGUAACAAGCUGGAAUUACAGAGAAGUUAGAGCCGAGCUUUUCUGUAUUCCAGAAGAAAGGGGUUUUCAUGUUGGCCUUGACACGAACAGGAAGCAUUUCCAGUUAAUUUGCAGCGAGCGUAAAGUUCCAGGAUGGCAUCUAUUCUUCUCUGAACUCGCAGUGUGUUGCAAGAGCCGAACACAAAGUUGAAGCUUUGGUUACAUGCUUUUCCUUUUCCCAACCUGUUGAUGUGCAUAGUUUGUGUAGACAAAGAUUAA